UUGUUUCUACAUUUCAUUUUAUACAUCGAUGUUUUAAAAAGGCUAUUGGUAUAUUGAAUUAUUCGAAUAAAAUUAUUUUAAUACUGUCGACUAUCAAAUAGAACAAAUAACUAUCACGAAGGUCUAGUUCGUUCCACUUGUUCGACAAACAACCACAUUAUGAAGAACUUAAACAUUUUCUUAUUGGGAGUUAUUUAUUUCAGUGCUAUUAAUGCUGAAGAAAUAACAAAUUUUCGCCCAUGUCUAAAUUCAAAUUGUACAAUUCAUAAAGUAUCCAUAAAUCCUUGCCCUGAAGCCCUAGAUGGAAAUGUCUGUGAAAUUCCUUUGGGAGAAAGUGCUUCAAUGGUUAUGGAAUUUACGCCUCAUUUCAGCACUCCAAAUCCAAAAGCUAGAUUUUAUGGAGUAAAUGCAUUAAUAGAUGUUCCGUUAAUCGACAUGGAUACAAAUGGGUGUUUGUAUACAAGUUGUCCACUACAGGCGAAUGUCAACCAUAAGUUCAAAUAUGAACUCGUAACAUCGCUUUUGUACCCUAGAGGUAAUCAUUUGUCAAAAUUGAGGGUGUGGGAUGAUUCAGAAAACGCAAAGUAUGAAGACCAAUGCUGCAUUAUAUACGACGUAAAAUUAGUUUAAUUUUCGUUAUAAAAUUUUAAAUUCAUAUUUAUAUGCGAUGAAGUAAGGAAUGAUUAAAUAUUAGUACUUUUUGUUAAUUAACAAAUGUUCUAUAGACAUUUUUCACAUAAAUUAUAAUUUUUUUGGAUACUUAGUAUAUUUUACAAAUAAUAUAUCAUUAUAUAAAAAAUA